AUGACUGGUCCUAAACGCGUACUGUUAGGCAUCAUAAUCGGUCAAAAGGUCUAUAAAUGCAAUGGUAAGGGCCAAAUUAUUCUUCCAAAAAAAAAUCCACGUCAAUUUGUUGAAAUUGGGUCUGCAUUACUGAAGUUAUCAGAACCUAUUUCGGGAGUUCAUCCAAAUGAAGUUCCGGAUGUCAAUCUUUACCAAGAAGAUUUCUUAAGUUUUGAAGGUUGUUGUGAAUCUAUACAACAACAGCCAAAUCAAUAA